CCUUGGGUGUACAACUCAUCGGACAUCGGUUUGAUUCUUUGAACCCGUCCGAAUCACGUUUGAUUUUUUGGAGAGGACCGUUGUAGCAGUAGGACACAACAACGUAGUAGCGCUCGAACUUCAGUGAUCAGUUAAUGUCGUCCCAACGCGUAUGCCUAUUUAAUACCUAAUAAUAUUAUUAUUUUUCUUACCUAUUUAUCGGCUUAGUAGUCCAUCAUAUCAUACACGAUAACAAUAACAUUUUAAUAAUAAUAUACGAGUGUAAUUUAUGCGUAAAACCCGUACCGUACCCAUAUAUAAUGAUGCCGGCGAGCGUUUAUAUUAUAUAAUACUAUAAUUUACGAGUAUAAAACCCUGAACUGUACGUAUUAACUUUGUUGCUACCCGUUGCUUAAAUUUUUUUUUUUUUUUUUGCGAUGGAAGAAAACGCGCCGGGCCCGAGUACGCCGGUCGAACCGCCCGCGCCCGUCGAAGUAAACGUCCAAAAACCGUUGAAUAAUUCUUCAGUGACGCAGGGAUUUAUAGCCGUGAUAUCGUUGUUACCAUGUGUGAUUUCCGGGGCAAUUUUGGGAUUUACUGGCGUGUCCAUGUGGAAUUUGCCUCUGACGUACCGUAAUUCGACGUGGUUUGCUAGUCUGGCGGCUUUGGGCGCGGCAUUGGGAUGUCUGAUCUCGCACAGCAUGAUGAACGCGUUCGGGCCCCGAGGAUCGGUGCUGCUCAGUCACGUGGUCUGCGCCAUCGGUUGGCUGAUGACGUUCAGCAGUUGGACGACCACUAAUCUGCUGGUCGGCCGCACGCUCACCGGCGUGUUCGUGGGCAUCGUGACGGUAGCGGCCACCGCGCACAGCACCGAGUGUUUCCCGUCCCGGCCCGCCGCCCGGCCGGUCGUCUACACCGCCAUCGGCGUGCUGUGCGUGUACCUGGCCGGGUCGCUGCUCAGCUACCGGCAGACAGCCGCCCUGACCACGGUGUUCACCGUCGUGUCGUUCGUGCUCGUCCGGUGGUUCGUGCCCGAGAGUCCUGCUUGGCUGGAGUCUCGCGGCCGCCCCGGCGACGCCGAAUACUCCAGGCUCAAGUUGAGGGUCACUCGGCCCUCGGACGGUGCCCGGGCGCUGGAAGACGGCGCGGAACCGUCGACCGGCGGCGACGGACACAGGUCCGCGGCCGCCGAGUCCGUCUACCGGCGCCUCCACCACCCAGACGUUUACAGGCCGUUGAUGGCGCUCGGUCUGCACCUGGCCCUCCAGCAGAUGUCCGGCCCGCUAGUGUUGGUGUCGUACGCCGCCCAACUGGUGGACGACUCGGGCGUGCGCGUGCUCAACGGCCACUUCAUCGCCGCGGUGCUGGCCGCGUUCCUGGUGGCCGGCGCCCUCGUGUCCACGGCCAUGAACCACCGGGAGUCGUCGGCCACGCUCGCCGCGGCCGGCACGCUGACGGCCGGCGUCGUCAUCGCCGUCUACAACCUCGCCCGCCGGCUGUUCCUCAACCGGCUCGGCUCGCAGCUGUUGAGCUUCAUCCCGCUGCUGGGCCUGAUCGUGUUCUCCAUGUCCAGCAGCGUGGGCCUGGUGCCCCACUCGCCCGUUCCACGUUACGCGACCGGCGAGCACGUGGCCCUAGCGUUCGGGUACGCGGUCGCGUUCGCCGUCAUCAAGUGCUAUCCGUACGUGCACUCCGCCGUCGGCUGGUGGGUGUUCGCCGUUUUCGCGGUGGCGUCCGCCCUGAACAUCGUUUACGGCGUACUGAUGUUUUCCGAACCGGAACCGUCCAAACAGCAACGAAGCGCCACGCCGUCCAAACGGUCUUCGGUCGGACCGGCCGUUUAACUUUAUACGCCGCCGCGAUGAUCGCUCAGUUUAAAUAAUAUUUUUUAUGCUACCUAUCACAUUUAUUGUCGUAUUCUCCGACACGAGAUUUAAGUAUACAUAUACGACAAGAAAAUACAAUUAUUUAGAGCAGUAAACGAGCACUCGUACACCCACUCACACGCACAAACACAUAAUAUAUAGAUAAUGUGUUUGUGUAUAUGUCUUCACUUUCGCCUCAAUUUUUUUUACGCCUGGUACUUGUAUUUUAUUCAAAAAAAAAAAAUGAUUUUUUAUAUUGUACAUUGUUUUAUUACCAUUUAGGCGAAUGAAUUUUAUUAGUAUUUAUUAUAUUCUACCCAAUUUAAAUGUUUACAUGAGAAACAAUAACAUAUUAUUAUUAUAUUAUAAAUACCAUGA